AUGGAGGGCGCUGGUGAAGCACCCAUGAGCACCUUCAUCAUGGAUGAGGAGACGCUCAAGAGGAAGCAGAGAGAGAAACUCAAGAAGCUCCAGGCCACAGGUGGAAACCCACGGCCGGCGAGAUCCCUCCUCUUCCUCACGCUGAAGAACCCCUUCCGCAAGGCCUGCAUUAACAUUGUAGAGUGGAAACCGUUUGAAAUCAUCAUCCUCCUCACCAUCUUUGCAAACUGUGUCGCUCUGGCCGUUUUCAUGCCCAUGCCUGAGGAAGAUACGAAUAACACCAACAGCAACUUAGAGAGUCUCGAGUACAUUUUUCUCAUCAUAUUCACUAUGGAAUGUUUCCUGAAGAUUGUCGCGUACGGGCUUCUCUUUCACGCCGAUGCUUAUUUGCGGAACUGCUGGAAUAUUUUAGAUUUUGUAAUUGUGACAAUGGGGUUGUUCACUGUUGUUGUGGACUUCAUCAAUAACAUCAGCGGCGUGGAGGCACCGGUGGAACAGAAAGGAGGGUUUGACAUGAAAGCCCUCCGAGCGUUUAGAGUCCUGCGGCCCCUGAGGCUCGUCUCUGGGGUCCCCAGCCUGCAGGUGGUGAUGAGCUCCAUUCUCAAAUCCAUGCUGCCCCUGUUCCACAUCUCUCUGCUGGUCUUCUUCAUGGUCACCAUCUAUGCCAUCAUAGGCCUGGAGCUUUUCAAAUGCAAAAUGCAUAAAACAUGUUACCACGUCGGCACAGAUAUCAUCGCCACGGGGGAUGAUGCGCAGGCGGCUCCGUGCGCUCAGGCCGGUAACGGACGGCGUUGCACUCUAAAUGGAACCGAGUGCCGCGGUGGUUGGCCCGGGCCGAAUAACGGCAUUACCCACUUUGACAAUCUGGGAUUUUCCAUGCUCACGGUUUACCAGUGCAUCACCACCCAGGGCUGGACGGAUGUACUUUACUGGGUAAAUGACGCGAUUGGAAUGGAGUGGCCCUGGCUGUAUUUUGUGACUCUGAUCCUCUUGGGUUCAUUCUUCAUCUUGAAUCUAGUUCUGGGGGUUCUGUGCGGUGAGUUCACUAAGGAGAGAGAGAAGAGUUCUCGAAGCGGAGAGUAUCAGAAACUGAGGGAGCGUCAGCAGUUUGACGAGGAUCUGAAGGGGUACAUGGAGUGGAUCACACAGGCAGAGGUCAUGGACAAUGACCAGGAGGGGCAAGGUGCUCAAACACAUUCACAAAUACACUUGUAUUGGUCUACAGCCAUUGUAAAUCAAGUCUGGUACAAUCAUGUCUGGGAUUGGUGUCCACAGGUCUGCUUCCACUACAGGAUGGGUCCGACACAGAAACCCUCUAUGAGCUGGAAGCACUCAACAAACUCAUGUAUUAUGUGUAAGUUGAGCAAUCAAUUGAUAGGAAUGAUUGACUAUAUAUCAUAUAUAAACUUAUCUUUUUCACAUUUAAAUUCUUUUAAUUUAUGUGCUUUUUACAGUCGACAUGCUCGUCGCUGGAACCGUUUCUUUAGGAGGAAAUGUCGUGCAUGGGUUAAGUCCAGGCUGUUCCAUUGGUCGGUGAUUUUGCUGGUGUUCUUCAACACUUUGGCAAUUGCUACAGAGCACCACGGUCAGACAGAGUCGCUUACCAACUUCCAAGACAAUACCAAUAAAGUGCUGUUGUCUCUGUUUGCGGUGGAGAUGUUCAUGAAGAUGUAUGCGAUGGGCCUGCCGUCGUACUUCAUGUCCCUCUUUAACCGUUUUGACUGCUUUGUGGUGUCUGUGGGAAUCCUUGAGCUCAUUCUCGUACGCAUGGAUGUCAUGUCUGUCAUGGGGAUCUCCAUCCUGCGUUGCAUUCGGCUGCUGCGCCUCUUCAAAGUAACACGGUACUGGACAUCGCUGAACAAUCUUGUGGCGUCGCUCUUGAACUCUGUGCGAUCCAUCGCCUCGCUCCUGCUGCUCCUCUUCCUCUUCAUCGUCAUCUUCGCCCUGCUUGGUAUGCAGGUUUUCGGAGGGAAGUUUAAUUUUCCAGAUGAUCAUGUGAGACGGAGCAACUUUGACAAUUUUCCUCAGGCCCUGAUCACGGUUUUCCAGAUCCUCACAGGUGAAGACUGGAACUACGUCAUGUAUGAUGGCAUCUUGGCACACGGAGGUCCGGCCAUGCCUGGAAUCCUGGUCAGCAUUUACUUCAUCAUCCUGUUCAUCUGUGGCAACUAUAUCCUCUUGAACGUCUUCCUGGCAAUUGCGGUGGAUAACUUGGCCGAGGCAGAGAGUCUGACCUCUGCCCAAAAAGAGAAGGCAGAGGAGAAGAUGCGCAAGAGACUUCUUAGAGAAAACCUACCUGAUAAGGCAGAGGAAGAAAAGGCCAUGCUGGCAAAGAAACUAGCCGAGCAGAGAGCCAAGAUUGAUGGGAUUCCCACCACAGCCAAGCUCAAAGUGGACGAAUUUGAAUCAAAUGUGAACGAGAUUAAAGAUCCAUUUCCUCCAGCUGAUUUUCCAGGUGACGAUGAGGAGGAGGAGCCAGAUAUUCCCCUCAGUCCUCGGCCUCGUCCAAUGGCAGACCUGCAACUGAAGGAGACAGUGGUACCCAUGCCAGAGGCCAGUUCCUUCUUCAUCUUCGGCCCACAGAACAAGUUCCGCAAACUUUGCCAUCGCAUCAUCAAUGCUACAACCUUCACCAACAUCAUCCUCCUCUUCAUCCUGCUUAGCAGUAUCUCACUGGCUGCAGAAGACCCCAUCGACCCCAUGUCCUUCAGGAACCAGGUCCUGGCCUACGCUGAUUAUGUCUUCACUUCAGUUUUUACCGCAGAGAUCGUGCUGAAGAUGACCACGUAUGGUGCCUUCUUACACAAAGGGUCUUUCUGCCGUAAUUCUUUCAACAUCCUGGACCUGAUUGUUGUCGGCGUCUCCCUGCUGUCCAUGGGAAUGGAAUCAAGUGCCAUCUCGGUGGUCAAAAUCCUCAGGGUCUUGAGAGUGCUGAGACCUUUACGAGCCAUAAAUCGAGCUAAAGGUCUCAAACAUGUGGUCCAGUGUGUGUUUGUGGCCAUCAAGACCAUCGGCAACAUCGUAUUAGUCACGAUGCUCUUGGAUUUCAUGUUUGCCUGCAUUGGUGUUCAGCUUUUUAAGGGGAAAUUCUUUUUCUGCACAGACCCACUCAAGAUGACGGCAGAAGAAUGCCAGGGAAUGUUUAUAAAACACCAGGAAAAUGCUCUUCACGACAUGGUGCUCGGUCACCGUAUAUGGAUGAACAGUGACUUAAACUUUGACAGCAUACUGAACGGCAUGCUGGCUCUCUUCACCGUGUCAACUUUUGAAGGCUGGCCAGACUUGUUGUAUAAAGCCAUCGACUCGAAUUUGGAAAAUGUUGGCCCAAUUUACAACAACCGCAUUGAGAUUUCCAUCUUCUUCAUCGUUUACCUCAUCCUCAUCGCCUUCUUCAUGAUGAACAUCUUUGUGGGCUUCGUUAUCGUCACCUUCCAAGAACAGGGAGAGCAGGAGUAUAAAAACUGUGAGCUGGACAAAAACCAGCGUCAGUGUGUCCAGUACGCACUGAAGGCCCGACCUCUGAGAUGCUACAUCCCUAAAAACCCUCAUCAGUACAAAGUGUGGUACAUCGUCACUUCUUGCUACUUCGAGUACCUGAUGUUUCUCCUCAUCAUGCUCAACACCAUGUGUCUGGGGAUGCAGCACUGUAAUCAAUCAGAUCACAUCACCCAUCUUUCAGACAUGCUGAACGUCAUCUUCACUGUACUGUUUACAGUAGAAAUGAUCCUCAAACUUGGAGCCUUCAAAGCAAAGGGUUACUUCGGGGAUCCCUGGAAUGUCUUUGAUUUCAUAAUCGUGGUGGGCAGUAUUGUUGACGUCAUACUUAGUGAAAUUGAUGCGGCUCUUGCUGCUCAGGGUGGACUGUAUUGUCUCACUGGCUGUUCUGAAGUGAAUCCAAUGCAAGCCAUUGCAGACUCUGAGAAUAUGAGCGUAUCAAUCACACUCUUCCGGCUUUUCCGUGUCAUGCGUCUGGUGAAACUGCUCAACCGUUUCGAGGGCAUUCGCAACCUGCUGUGGACCUUCAUCAAAUCAUUCCAGGCUUUGCCAUAUGUGGCUCUUCUCAUCGUUAUGCUGUUCUUUAUCUACGCCGUCAUCGGCAUGCAGGUGUUUGGCAAAAUCGCACUAUUAGACGGAAGCGUGAUCAACCGUAACAACAACUUCCAGACGUUUCCUCAAGCUGUUCUACUGCUGUUCAGGUGUGCCACAGGCGAGGGGUGGCACGAGAUCAUGUUGGGCUGUUUGUACGGUCAACGUUGUGACCCCAAGUCAGAAUUCCUGCCUGGAGAGGAGUACACCUGUGGCUCUGGAUUCGCUAUUCUCUACUUCAUGAGUUUUUACAUGCUCUGUGCUUUUCUCAUCAUUAAUUUGUUUGUUGCUGUGAUCAUGGACAACUUUGACUAUCUGACCCGUGAUUGGUCGAUACUCGGGCCACAUCAUUUAGACGAGUUCAAGAAGAUCUGGGCUGAAUAUGACCCCGAGGCAACGGGGCGCAUUAAACACCUGGAUGUCGUGACACUGCUUCGGAGAAUCCAGCCUCCGCUUGGGUUCGGAAAGUUUUGCCCUCAUCGUGUUGCCUGCAAGAGACUGAUUUCCAUGAACAUGCCUCUGAACAGCGAUGGAACCGUGACGUUUAAUGCCACGCUGUUCGCUCUGGUCAGAACUGCACUGAAAAUCAAAACCGAAGGUAAUUUUGAGCAGGCCAAUGAAGAGCUGCGUGCCAUUAUUAAGAAGAUCUGGAAACGCACCAGUAUGAAACUGCUCGACCAGGUCAUUCCACCAAUUGGAGACGAUGAGGUAACAGUGGGGAAGUUUUACGCCACGUUCCUGAUCCAGGACCACUUCAGGAAGUUCAUGAAGCGCCAGGAGGAAUAUUACGGAUACCGGCCCAACAAGAAGAACAAGAACACCACGGAGAUACAGGCCGGUCUGAGGAGCAUCGAGGAGGAGGCCGCGCCUGAGCUUCAGCGCGCCAUUUCUGGAGAUCUCCUGAACGACGAGGAGAUGGACCGAGCCAUGGACGAGGCCGGAGAGGAGGGGAUCUACAGGCGAGCAGGAGGCCUGUUUGGAAACCAUGUGGAUCGGUUCACGAUGGAGAGAGGAACCCCGAUGGCCACCCAAGUGACCAGCCAGCGCCCCCUACAGAUCACAGACAGCAGAGCGGAGGAGACGGAGGCCACGGGCGCUUAUGUUCACUACCACACCAACACCAACACCAACAAUAACACCAACACCAAUAAUAACACCACCAGACUGAGACGUGAACUCCAUUUCCCAUCAUGCAUCGGUGCAUCCAGACAGUACGGUCCAGUGAGUGCAGCCGAGUUCCUCAUUCAAGAGGCUCUGAGCGCCGGAGGUUUGGGGAGUCUGGCCAGCGACGGGCGCUUCGUGUGCGUGACGAAGGUAGAGAUGGCCGAGGCCCUUCACAUGGAUCUCACCGCGCUCGAGAGGAGAUCAGCAGCCGUUCUUAACAAACGUGAAGGACAGUGUGUGUUCAGGAAGAGGAAGAGGCCUGGGUCUCGUCCAGAUAAUACACACUGCCAGGUCUAACCAUCAUCAGAGGCGUCUGGUGGAGCCUAAUUAAGGCCAAGCCAAACAGGUCACCAUUGGGACUCUGAUAUAACUGUGAGGACUGUUUCAUGAGCCACAACUGCAGAUGUGCUCAAACACUUAUUUUAAAUUAUAAUAAUAUUUCAGAUUAUUAUUUUAUUCCCUGUAUUGUUUAUCAAAUAAAUGCAGCCUUGAUGAGCUUAAGAAAUCA